UGAACGGCUCAUAUGACAACUUCAACUAAGCUCUUGUGAGUCAUUGGUUGAGGCGUUGAGCAAAUAUUAGAUAAUAAAUUUAUCAACUAAUCUGGAUGUAGUAAUAAUUUUUGUUAGUUACAAGAAGCUGCAAGCAGGGAAUGAAUGAUUUUGAUUUUGAUUUUGAUUUGGAGUGUAGAGUUGUGAAGAUGAGGUAAGGUGAGUGCACAGCACAUGCUUGAUGAAUUGAUCACUCAUACAUUGCAGAAUGCAGAGAGUAUCAAAGUGAAUAAUAGGGAACAAUAAGUACCAUCAAUUUAGGAACCAACAUAAAUAUACAAGUUGAAAAGAACAUGACAAAAUAGCCCAAAGAUAGGUUCACGGGUCACUACACUAUUAACCUCUUUCUAGUAAAAUAAAAGAGUGCGAAUCCCACUAGCUACAUGCCAACAAUUCAUUUCAUACUAUAUAUUUCAACAAUAUUAUUUCUUUAUUGCAAUCCAUUUAAUAUUAUUUCUGCACUCUCAAGUCUGAAUCUCCAUCUAUAUUUCAUUAUUCUCAUCACAGAAACUAAAGCAUUAUUUAUCAGUUUAGCUUGGCUGCAAAACAUAAUUGCUAUAGCAAAAAAGUUUAUUAGCUUUCUAUUAUUACCUUCUAAAAGGUAGCUUAAAAUAAUGACUAUGAGCAAAGUGUGGCAAAUAUAUAAUUAGCUCAACUGUUCACAUUAUUUGUGUAUAGCAACAGGUUUAAUUACUUUAUCACUCAUUCACCUUCAUGGACUCAGCUCCUUGUAGUUCUUGGCUGCAAGCCUUGUUCUCUCUCUUGGCAUUGGUUUGGGUCUUGAGCUGUUGUGGAGGUGUUCGUGGAGGGACCACCCCAACAAAAGUGAGCAGCUUCUCAAAGGUGGAGGAUGCUGUGAACUUCCAUAUUUAUUAUGGCCAGACCUUCAAAGUCAUUAAAAAUGCUAUUGAUGGCCAGAGCUACCUUCUUCUCCAGAAUAAUUCAAGGAUUGCAUCAAGGACUAAAUACUGCACCUCAAGAAUCAAAUCAUUUGUCAUUCCAUUGUCAAACUAUUCUGUUGAUACAGAUUAUUUUCCAGUUUCCUUCUUAGAGAUUUUAGGUUUGCUGGAGAGCUUGAAAGGCAUAACAGCAGACUCGGUGGCUUCUCCAUGUGUCUUGAAAUUGCGUCAAGAAGGGCAGAUUCAAAUAUUAAACAAAAGUGAUUAUCAACAGAUUGCACAGUUCUCAGCACACUUCUAUAGUGACACUGAUCAACAACCAGCUUGCAACUUUGCAACUUUUGUUCCCUUUGUCGAGGAUACGCCUUUGCAGAGAGCAGAGUGGAUCAAGUAUAUUGGAGCUUUUGCAAAUGUUGAAGCCAGGGCCAAUCAAGUUUAUGCUGCAGUUAAGGAGAACUAUUUGUGCAUGGCUAAACUCACAACGAAUCGAACAUCAUUCAAGCCAACAGUAGCUUGGAUGAAGUAUGAUAAUGGUGUUUGGUCUUUUACAAAGGAAGCAUAUCAAUUGAAGUAUGUAGAAGAUGCGGGAGGAGAGAAUUUGGAUGCUUCUAUAAACAAGAACACUUACAAUGUCUCUAAUCCUGAUGAUGUAGAGGAACUCCAUGCCAUCUUAUGUACCGUGGAAGUAGUCAUCGACGAAACAUUAACUUCUGAUCCAGCCAACUACAUGCUAUCAACAUUUAUCCAAAAUUUAAACAUUGAAGAUCGUUCUUGUUUUUCCUUUCUUACAAACACAAGCCUAUGGAGAUAUGACAAAAGGAUUCAAAAUUAUACACUAGAUUGGUAUAAUGGAGCAUUGGCCCAACCUCAAUUGGUAUUAGCAGAUCUAAUUGAAGUUUUAUUUCCUACCGGAAAUUACAAUAUGACCUACUUUAGGAACCUUGCAAAGGGAGAAGCACCUAUAAACAUUGGUCCUGAAAUGUGUGAUAGGAAUACUUCCACUACAAUGGACCCUACAGUAGUAGCAUGUGGAUGAUUAUAUCUUAAAUCUCAAAUUACUUUUUUCUUUUAAAAAAAAAUAUAGGAUCUAUACAUUUUUUAGUUAUUAUUAUUUGCACUCAGCAAUGAGUAUCGAUAGUUCUAUACACAGAAUGUAAUAAUGCCACUUUUUUGUUUGGUACCAUUUUAACUAAAAUUUAUCGUC